AUGAAGGACUUGGGUCCUUUAAUGUAUUUUCUUGGCAUUGAAGUGGCACGUAGUGCUUCUGGUAUCUUUCUUUGUCAACGUAAAUACACCUUGGAUAUCAUUUCUGAGGCUGGUAUCUUGGGUUCUAAGCCCACUACUUUUUCUAUUGAGCAAAAUCAUAGACCUGCUCUUGCUACUGGCUUGUUUCUUGAUGAUCCCGAGUCUUACAGGUGCCUUGUUGGCCGCCUCAUAUAUCUUUCUGUGACUCGCCCGAAUUUAGCAUAUUCUGGUAUUCUUCUUCGUGCUGAUUGUGAUGUGACGUUAGCAGGUUGGUGUGACUCUGAUUGGGUUGCUUGCCCUCUCACUCGCCGUUCUCUUAGCGGCUGGCUUGUCUUUCUUGGUGCUUCUCCCAUUGCUUGGAAGACCAAGAAGCAAGCGACUUAUACUAUAUAUUGA